AUUUCGUUUAUCGUGUGCAUUUGGAGACUUUGGUCGAUGCAAUCGCAGAACGCUGACAGUGCCGAAACAAAAUUCAACUGUACUUAACUUUACUUACUUCAAACUGGAAAACAAAUGAAAAUGACACUGGUGAAAAUGGAUCAAAGAUUUCAGAUGAUUGGUCAUCAUAGGGAUGACAAACCAACUGAGCCAUCCAGGGCUCUUAUUCCUGUAACCAAUAAUUCAAAGCCAAAUAAAGUAUUGUUUUGUUUGUCCAACCAGGUGGGUACUGUUAUUCUGUAUGGCGUUCCGAUCGUUUCCCUUCAAAUGGACAAUCAAGAACGUUUGUGUUUAGCUCAGAUCAGCAAUACUCUUCUGCAUAGGUUUAGUUACAAUGAGAUUCACAAUCGUCGGGUUGCGUUGGGAAUCACUUGCGUACAAUGCACUCCCGUUCAGCUGGAAAUGCUACGCCGUGCUGGUGCCAUGCCAGUGUCGUCACGCCGAUGUGGCAUGAUAACCCGAAGAGAAGCGGAACGCCUGUGCAAUUCAUUUCUAGGAGACAAUACGCCUCCUCGACUGCCGGACGACUUUGCGUUUGCCGUACACCACGAAUGCGCCUGGGGAUGUCGUGGAUCGUUUUUGCCAUCCCGUUAUAACUCAUCCCGAGCGAAAUGUAUAAGGUGUUCGGUAUGCGGUCUAUUCUUUUCGCCUAACAAAUUCAUAUUUCAUUCGCAUCGGACAGGGGCCAGUGCUCGUUACGUACAACCGGACGCCGCCAACUUUAACUCUUGGCGCAGACACAUGAAGCUAAGCGACGACCCUCCGGAUCACGUGGUACACGCCUGGGAAGACGUGAAAGCCAUGUUCAAUGGCGGUACGCGAAAACGCGCAGUGUCCAGACAUUCGCCACAGCCGGCAGGAUUGUCGCAACCGACACGUCCGUCAUCUCCACCACCUGUACAGCCAGUUACCACAGUUACGUCGCCGGCUCAUCAGCGCGAGCGCGACGUAAAAAAACAGCCGAUACCCGUUUCGCUACAACCGCCAGUGCCGGUGCCGUCCAUGCCGCUGCAUCAAGCCAUGGUCGACUACGUGUGGCAGCAGCGGGCCAAUCCAUUUGCAGUGGCUGCAGCAGCUGCAGCUGCUUACUCGGCCGGCGGCGGACUACCCUGUUGGCUUCCGAAGUUGGACUUGGACGCGCACAGCGCGUUGAUCGGGCGCAGCUCAGCAGUCGAUUACUCGUCGGCAUUUCGGCCCGUUCGUUCUGUUACAAUGGCCGACGACGACGAAGGUGGCCGUGGCGUGGACGACGAAGACGACGACGAGAUCGACAUCGAGACGUGCCCCGAAGAACAGAAUUCAUAAAGUAGUCGUCGGUCAGAUUCGGGUUAGUUCGGUGGUAAGCUGAACUUUAUCGUGAUAACCGUGUUAUUUGUUGUUGUUAACAUCUGAAAAAUACAUUAAGGUCUCUCGCCAGAUGUGGUUGUGUAGAGUAUAUUUAGAUAACUAUUUUAUUGUAUUUCAUUUAUUGAUUUUACACGAUUGUAAUUGUUAAUGAUAUGAUUUUCUAUUGUAAGAGCCGUGUGCUGUUUAAAAAAAAACCAGAUAAAUACUUAAUAGUGAAGAAAAUUGCAAUAUUAUCAGACUCGAUAGCUGUCUAGUGAAACGCGUGUGAACCAUUACACGUGUAUCUAAUUGUUUAAUACCCUAAAACACUUCAAUUUUUAUAUUGUUACAUAACAGAUUAUUAUUUCGACCGAACAGAUAUACAUUAUUAUUAUUUACAAAGUAUUUUAUCUUAAUUCAAAUUUAAAAGAAAAAAAAAUAGAUUUUACGCUAUGGUCUAGUCAAUAAAUUGUAUUAAAACUUCUUGUAAAACUAAACUUGUAUCAAAACUUAAAUCUAUUACUAAAUUGUAUCUUAUAAAUGAAACACUAUAUUAAUUUUUUAGGGUUAGAUCAUUUAUUCAGUUGUAUUUUCAUCUGUAAACGAAACAAUAUAUUGUGUCAUAACAACAUUUGUUUUAAAACUAUUUGAUUACCCUUAAAGUUGUACUCGAUGUCAUAUGCAAAGGACGCACGUUUAUUUUGCAAAAAAUAACUUUAAAUAAAUGCAAUCAUAUUAAACACUUGGAGUUUUCAUUUUGUUCAAAACAAUUAUUACAUCUU